UGAAUAUCACGUCUAUUUGCGGUAGAAAAAUGGAGGUUAGUAGGGGUUCGGUGGUGUCUUUUUUAGUGAGUCUAUUAGUUUUAGCAACUAAAGCCAAAUCCGAUGAAAUUUUGGGAUGUGGAGGAUUCAUCAGAAGUCACGCUGACAUUGAUUUUUCAAAAGUGGAAAUCAAAUUAUUAACAAAACAAGGCAGCUUAAAGGAUAAAACCGACUGCUCACCCUCAAAUGGAUAUUACUUCAUCCCAGUUUACGACAAAGGGGAAUACAUCCUAAGAAUAUCUCCGCCGCCUGGCUGGAGCUUCGAACCUGAAUCGGUCGACUUAAACUUCGAUGGAAAAACUGAUGUUUGUAGUCAAGGAAAAGAUGUUAACUUCAACUUUAAAGGAUUCGGUAUCACUGGCAAAAUAUCAUUGGCUGGACAAAUUGGUGGCGCCAAGGAUGUUACAGUUACAUUGGAAUCAGCAGACGGUCGAGAUAUGCGAAAAACGACAAGCGACAUCAAUGGAAUCUUCUCAUUCACUCCGAUUAUCCCUGGGAAAUAUCAUAUAAAAGCUUCGCAUGAUAAAUGGCAUUUCUCAAAACCUGAAUACACUGUGGUAGUAGCAACUGGCAAUACUGAACUGCCGGAGAAUUCCUUAGUUGUUUCAGGAUUUGAUGUUCGCGGAAAAUUUUCGAACAAUGGGCAAACAUUGAGUAACGUUGGUGUGGUUCUGUUCAAAGAAAAAGGUCAAAAGUUAGUUUCCGAAUGUUCUACAAAGGAUCUUCCUUUGAUUGUAUCAGGCAAUUCAGCAUUUGAGCAGCAUCCGAUUUGUUUUUCGGAAAUUGAUCGGAAUGGCGAAUUCCUCUUCAGAGCUGUAGCGCCCGGAAAGUAUUUAAUACGCCCUGCUUUUGACAAUAAGAAUCUUAAGCUGCAUAUCCAGCCAGAGUCGUUUGAAUUCCAAGUAGUUCGCGAUACUGUUAUAUUAAAAGACAGUUUUGAGAUCACUGGAUUUAGUGUCUCGGGGAAGGUAUUGACUAACGCAGGUGGGAAAGGUGUCCCCAAUGCUAUCGUCAAAUUGAAUGGGCAAACACUUACGAAAACCAACAGUGAUGGUGUCUAUUCGUUAGAGAACAUGAAAGGUGGUUCAUAUAGUCUUGCUGUUGAGGCAGACGACUUAAAAUUCGCUGAGCAAACUGUCAAGUUGUCCAUUUCCAAUCCCAUAUUACCGGAUAUCAUAGUCUCGACAUUCAAAGUUUGCGGAGAAGUUAUCUCUGAGCAUCCACAUACGGUUGGCAUUACAAAACUUGGUUCGACGUUUUACACGACAGCCAGCACAACUGAACAUGCACGACAUUGGUGUACAUAUUUACCAUCCGGGAAAUAUUCGGUCGAAGUGAUAACGACAGAGGAAGAUAAAGCCAAUGGAAUACAAUUGUAUCCAGUAUCACAAAAUAUGGAAAUUGUAUCGUCACCAGUGUCGGGGAUCGUAUUUUCGCAACUUAAAGCAACUAUUUCAGGCAAAAUUAAAUGCUUGCCGGACAGUUCUGCUGAAUGUUUGAAUGUGGAUGUAACACUGCAUGCCGUCGAUGCAAGCGGUAGGAAUACAGGGCAGAAUUUUGUGACAAAAGCUAAAGGAGGCGCCUACACCUUUGAAAAUAUCCUCCCUGGCAACUACAAGGCUUCAAUUCCUCAGAUGAAGCUUUGUUGGGACAGCACUUCGAAAGAACUCAACGUUAAAUCCGCUAAUGAGCAAGUUGCAGCUUUCGUUCAAAAGGGAUAUGAAAUCUCGAUAAUUUCCAGUCAUAGAGCUCAAAUGCAGUAUAAGCAUCAUUCGCAGCCGGAAGGGAAAACUGAAAGAAUGGAUUUAAUGUCGGGCGUGAAUGCAUUCUGCGUGAAUAAAGCUGGAGAGUAUAGUCUUACCGUGCAAGGAUGCCAUAUUUAUGACGUAAAUCUGCCAAAAAGCUUUUCAACAUCCGAUUCAAAUCCUGUAAUCAUCCAAGCAGUUGCACAUAAAACUGGUAUUCGAAUUCUCUCUGCUGAACGCAAUACUGAACCAUUUGAAAUGCAAAUUGAAGGAAAGAAAGGCAAAAAUGUAGUUACGUCUACCUUAGAAGCGAACAAGGUAGAUGGAUUCUACUCCUACCGCUUUGACACAUACUUGCAGCCAGAGGAAUUAAUAACAGUGACUCCAACUAGUAAUGUUAUGUUGUUCAAACCAAAAACAAAAGAAGUUAUCGGUGCCAAGGAUUGCAUAGACAUCGCUGUUAGCUUUGUGGCCACACAAGGCUUGAUAAUUGAAGGUAAAAUAUUGCCUCCAAUUGAAGGGGCUAAAGUGACAUUAAGUUUCCCAAGUAAUCCGGAAUUGCAACCAAUCGAAACGACUUCAUCAUCUCGGGGAGGAUUCAAAUUUGGUCCGAUCGAUUCGUCGUUACAAGUACAAUUGGAGGCAGAGAAAGAGUCAUAUGUCUUUUCCGACUAUGAUAGAGUUAAAAAUGUAUUCAAUGCCCAUAAGCUGUGUGAGAUCAUUGUCACUGUUAAGGAUGGCAAGAAUGGUAAUAAAUUGUCGGGUGUUCUGUUGUCGCUUUCUGGAGCCGAGAGUUAUAGGAAAAAUUUAGUAACUGGAGAUGACGGAGUAAUAAAAUUCCAUUCGCUCUCGCCUAGUCAGUACUUCUUGAGACCCAUGAUGAAAGAGUAUAAAUUCAAUCCAAAUUCAAAAAUUAUUGACGUGAAAGACGGUCAGACUAUCAAUAUUGAAUUGAGUGGCGAGCGGGUCGCUUAUUCAGUAUUUGGAACGAUAACCUCCCUCAAUGGUGAUCCGUUUCCAAAUGUAGUUGUUGAAGCAAUUUCCAACGAGGAAUGCCUACACCACCAAGAAGAAUCGUCAAGCGCUGCCAGUGGCCAAUACCGAAUCCGUGCACUAAAACCAGGUUGUACAUAUAUAGUGCGGCCGAAAGAAGGAGAAGUAAACGCAAAUGUGGAACGCUCCAUUCCGUCUCAUCAAUCAAUUACCAUUGCAAACGAGGAUAUUCAGGACAUUAAUUUGAUUGCUAUAAGUCCAUAUGAAUUUGUUGACGUGAAAGUCCGUGUCACAGCGUCGUCGAAUGAUUACUAUAAAACGUUAACAUUGGAAAUGUAUCGGAAAGGAAGCGCGGACAGCCCAAUUUUCUCACAAAAAGUAGAGAGCCCGCUUAAUCCGAAAGGUAGCUACAAUCCCGGAAUUUUAGUUUUCUUUCCUACGAUCCCACUAGAUGGAAAGUCAUACUACGUGGAGCUAAAGACUAGCAUGUCGGAUAAACUGUUUAAAUAUAACCUGCCAACCGCUUAUUUCCUUGCCAAUACAAGUUCCAUCUAUGCUGAGCUUGAUUUCACUCCCGAACUAAAAGCAGGUGAUGGCGAUUUGAAUCAGAAUUCAAUUUCAGCACUAGUGCUAAUUGCGCUUGUUGCCAUUGCGUUCUUUAAGCAAGAUUUAGCGAUGGACUUCUUGAAUUUUGUUUGGGGUCGAUUAAGUUCCGUAGCAAAUGAUUUAAUGCAAAGACAAAAUAAGAAAAAGGACAAUCGCUUCCAAGAAGCGAUUAACAUUAAGGAAAUCGAAGAGAUAGCGGAGGGUAUCAAUUCGAUCAAAAAGAAAAAGACGAAAAAAAUUUAGGAGAUUGGAGAAGGGGCUUUAAAGAUAAAAUAGUAUGUAAUUACCUAACGUUUUUUUUAAAUCGAUAGCAAUUUGUACGUUGUACGUACUAAGUCAGCAUUUUGUUCUUCAUUUCGUAAUUUUAUUUUUUGUUGAGCGAAUAAAUUAUUUCUUUCUUCGGGGUAAAA